AUGUCUUCCUCGACCACCAAAUUGACCAUUACCUCUUCCUCUUUUACAGUUGUGACUAUUCUUAUUGAAAGUGAAGUUGAGAUUUCCACGAAAACUGCUAGGACUAGAAAAGAAACCUUGGCCUUGGCCAUAUUGAGAGUCAAAACCUCCAAAUGGAUUAUUGCUGAAAUCACCAAACUUCUUCUUUCCAGUGUUCCAAGACUACCAGAAUUAGUAUUCAUAUGUGCAACAUUAACAAUUGCUGAGUCCGACCUCUUUGAGUCUUGCAUUGAUUUACCUUGGCUUGAUUUUGUGCCACAGUUCCUACGACCUUCUCUCGCUGGUCUUGGACCACCACGCUCAGCAGGGCAAUCACCAGCUUCGUUUCCAGGACAUGGCUACAGAUAUUUUAGCCUAAAAAGUCGUGAGCCUGAAUUCCUUGUGGCCACACCUGAGAGACUUUUGGAGCUUAUUUCCUUGAAGGCCAUUGACAUAUCUGGUGUCUCCUUAUUGGUUGUUGAUGGACUGGACACUCUCUGUAAAGGAGGCUACCUUGAUAUGAUUAAAUCUAUUAGGCAGUCAAUUUCUCGAAAUCCCCAUGCAGUUGUUUUCAGUGAACGCUCAAGCUGUACCUCUGUUCCAGGUGUAGAAGAUCUCCUUAGAGGAUCAUACUGUAGAUUACCUCUUAAAGGUUCAAUUAAUAAUCAAAGUGCUUGCAUUGCUCAGUCUAUACAUGCGUGAAGAAAAACUACUAAAGGUAUGCUUAUCACUUGGUUUUUAUGCAAAGGACACUCUCUGUAAAGGAGGCUACCUUGAUAUGAUUAAAUCUAAAGUCAUAUUCUAAAAUUAUAUAGUAUUAAAGAGGCAAUUGUGAUAGGCUUGUUGAUGGGCUGAGCCCAAAGUAACGAGAGAGCGCUUGUUUUUUGUUUUCUCUUCUUUUCUGUUUGCCCGUUGGUGCCUAUCAUAUACAAUGUAUGUAUUUUGGUGUGUCAUUUCUUAGGUGUUAUUAAUAUAUUUUCUAAUAUUGCCUGUAAAAUAGUAAUAAUAAUAAUGGAAUCAUGCAAGUUUGAGAUACUAGAAGCCAUCCUAUGCCUUUACUUAACCCGUCUCUGAUCCAAGGGCCGAGAUUUUUCUUCAUGUCCAUAUUGCUCCCUUUGGCUGGAUAUAUUCUGGAAUGUUGACCUAUGAAUUAUGGCGCAGUUAAUAGGUCAUAUCUUCUAGUAAUACGGUUAUGAGUCCCAAUAUUUGUCCAUCAUCUUCCUGCUGCUGGUCUCCGUAAACUUACUGAGGUUGAGAGUGAACCUUUUCCUACAAUUCUUAGGCAAGUGACUCUGAAGAUUCAAUAUAAUUCUUAGAAAGAUAUGAAUUAGUGCUGUUUGAUUUUUGUUGGUGGUGGUCUAUGGCUACAGCCAUUUUACUGUUGAUUCUGUUGAUAUUCAUAUUGCAGCUCUCCCCAUCCAUAACCAUUUAUUAUACAAGAAUCCCAGUGCUUGUCUUAAUCUUGAAGGCCAAAAGUUGACUACUUAACCUUUGAACCCAAAAUCGCGGGCAGUGUCAUAUAAUUGUUCAUACUUUAGGUUUGACCUAAUGAUUUCUUCCCAUCAGAUUCAAGUUCUCUAUUCUUGUGUUUUCCUUUCUGUGCAGUUAAAGUUAUUUUGUCUUUGCCAUUUCUUCGCCAUUUCUUCUCAUUUUCUUUGGGCAGUUUGCUUUGCUUGAUCAUAAACAAAAAGCUGGAACUCAUCUGGAUGCUUAGAAGAUGGGAAAGGAUGAAAUUUUCGAUGAAUUUCCCAUCUUCUCAGAAAACCAGAGGACAAUUUUUUCACUUACAAAAGGAAAGGUAGAAGUAUCAGCAUGGGUUUUGUUUCCCUUCUGCUGUUUAACACUGGCAUGCUGCUCAUUUGAGGUCAAAUUUUGACAGCAGAACAACUCAGCCGUUGGUGAUUGAUUCAGAGCCCAUGAGCACCACCUAGAACAGUUCGUGAUCUUGACUUCAAAUUGGCCAUAUAUCCAAUUCUCGCAGAGAUGGGCGGCUGCACUUUCAAUUGUUUGUUACAUAGCUGUUUUUAUAGCAAGAGAAGAUGUUGCACCACUUGCAGGACCAUGGAUUGAUAUUGUGAAUGAGUGCAGGAAGCUCUAUCUGACUGAAGCCCCCGGGAUAUUUAUGACACUCCACAUCAUGGCUUUUGAGAUGCUGGAGUUACAAUUCUCUUUAAGAAUGUUGUAUCAUUCGCCUUUUUGCCUGAAAAUACAAUUAGAUCAAAUAUCAUGAACCCUUAUAUUUUGUUUACAAUUUUGGCAUUGUACGACUUCAGGUAUGUCUCCUGUAACACACAAUCUGAGCAUCCACAUGAAUGAUAGUGAGUAUUAGUGAAAUUGUGUAAUUUA